CCCCUCCAACUGCAAGGCCCAACGCGACGAAAUACUCUCCGCUAGAGAUGAAGACGGAAAUACCUGUAAAUGGUUGAUAGCCGACGAACGCUACAGGCAGCGGACUCAGAACGAUAACCAACCAGUGCUCUAGAUACAUGGAGAUUCCGGAUGUGGAAAGAGUGUCUUCGCUUCGUUCCUAUUGUCACUCCUUGCUGAAGAUACCAUUUCGACUUUUGGACGGAAGCAUCUGGUCGCCUAUUUCUUCUGUAACGAUAAGGACGAACGCCUGAGGACGCCGCGUGCCGUGUUGGCGAACCUCCUUGCACAGCUAUUAGCGCAAAAGCCGGAUACGGUGGUACACUUUCUGGCGCAAUCGGAGUACCGCAUGAACAAAGAGAAAACAGUAUGGACCUUUUUCAUGCUCCUUAAAUUGUUUCGUACUAUUAUGAGGCAUAUCAAUACGCCUUUAUGUCUAAUUAUCGAUGCUCUCGAUGAAUGCGAAGAACCGGACAGAAUGAUCCUCAUUCCCCUACAGCGCCUCUUGCAACACUCAGCCAUCAUGCCUAAACUGGUCCUCACCAGCCGCCCUCACAUCCAAGUGUGUUCACACAUGACGUCUGUCGCCGUAAUACCUCUGGAGGCAGCGAAUCUCAAGUGCGAUAUCACAACCGUCGUCGCCACCGAGGUUGGCAAGCUAAAUCAUCUCGCUGGAUUGGCGAACGAGAUCCAGGAGACCCUCGUUAACGGCGCCAAUGUGAUGUUUCUCUGGGUUUCACUAAUUCUGCACGACCUCAGAAACUCCACCUCGACAACACCUAGAUCCAUUCGCCAGAAACUGAAAUCUUUGCCGGCGAAUAUCGAAGAGAUUUACAAGAAUAUCCUACGCCGCAUCAACCCCGACGACCGAGAGUUAGCGGGAACCAUCCUUCGAUGGGUGCUCUGGGCCAUGCGUCCCUUAACCAUAGGCGAGUUGGCGAUAGCAAUUGCUAUACGGCCUGGUGCUGAAUCCAUGGCCUCCUUGGAAGACGAUAUUCAGUUGCAUCUGGAAACCCCACUUCGAUCUCUCUUCGGUCCUAUGUUCAAGGUUGAGGCUGACAACACUGUUCACCUUGUGCAUCAUUCAGCCAAUGAUUUCCUUCUUUCGGACUCUGCAAAGAAAUUCUUCCAUUCUGAAUUUAGGUCGGACAGUGGCGAAGAGGUCGGCUCCGCUAGCCGGCACCUUUCAUCGGACGAGGUGAAUGUCGAGCUCGCUGCCGACUGCUUGCGAUAUAUGUCGUUUUCCGAAUUCGAAGAUGGCCCUGUACCCUUCGAUGGGACCAUAAUUUGUUCUCGCUCUGAGCUACUGUUUCGGUCGAAUGUGCGGAGACCAGAGAUCGCACUCUACGAUUAUGCUACUCAACAGUGGGCAGGCCAUGUCAGGAGGUCAAGUAAGAAGGCGAGACAAAAGCACCACCUUGCGAGGGAUUUCCUGAAUCUGGCGAAAUACGAAAGGAGGUUAAAUCAAGCCCACAGUAUGCGCAGUCUUGGAGACGAUACGGCGUUGCACAUGACGGCAAAGGGAGGAAAUAAGGCCAUAGUCCAGCUGCUUCUGGAUCAGGGCGCCAGUGUCGAUGCCCAAGACAAGUAUGGGUGGACGGCGUUGCAAUUUACGGUAUUGAAUGGCAAACAGGGCAUAUCUCAGCUAUUUUUGGACCGAGGCGCCAACAUUGAAGCCCAAACGAACAAUGGGUGGACGGCGUUACUCAUAGCGGUAUACUAUCGCAAAGAGGCCACUACUAUCCACCUACUUCUGGACCGGGGCGCUAAUCUCGAAGCCCAAACGAACGAUGGGCAGACGGCGUUGCGAUUAGCGGUACAAGACGGCAAAGAGGCCACUAUCCACCUACUUCUGGACCGAGGCGCCAAUAUCGAAGCCCAAGCGAACGAUGGGCGGACUGUGUUGUAUUUGGCGGUAGGUAAUGGCAAACAGGACAUAGUUGAGCUGCUUUUGGACCGAGGCGCCAACAUCGAAGGUAAAGACAAGGACGGGGGUACGGCUUUGAAAGUAGCGGUUUUAACUGGAUCUUUGGAAAUCUUCCGGCUGCUUCUAGACCGGGGGGCCAAUAUCGAAGUCCAAGACAAUGACGAGUUGACGGCAAGGUUGAAAGUGGCGGCUUCAGCUGGAGAUGUGGCCAUUUCCCAGCUAAUUCUAGACCAGCCCGCCCAUAUCAGAACCCAAGGCACUCAUGCAUUGACGGCGUUGCUUCCGGCGGCCAUAAAUGAAAAUGAGACCAUUCCCCAACUGCCUCUCGAC